AAACGGUGAGGGUGAAGUCACCGUUUCUUUACACGAAACUGUCAUUCUCUCUUUACACGCUCUCUCUCUCUCUUUACACGAAACUGUCAUUCUCUCUCAAGAGAAUAUAACAGUGUGAUACAAAGAACCUUUCGAAACAGCCAAAGUUUCCCCUGAGACUGAGAGUCUGAUAUUUUAUUUUAAUUUCAAAACUUUUUUUUUAAUGGAGGAAAUAAGGAAUCAGAUACCAGUUCUUUAUAAAGAAAUGGAGGGUAAUUUAAUCCAAGUGGAGACUGCAAAUAAAAAAGGAGGAACUGAGGAAGGAUUACGGAGUACGGAGUGGAUAUGGAGGAGAAUGAAUAUCGGGUGGCUCCUCCGCCCAUCGUAUUCCGGUGGGACGUGUUCCUGAGUUUCAGAGGCGAGGACACUCGCCAUGGCUUCACUAAGAACCUCUUCAACGAGCUCGUAAGUAAAAAUAUCCGAACGUUCAUGGACGACGAGGGGUUGCACAGAGGGGAUGAGAUCGCGCCGAGCCUAUUGACUGCGAUAGAGGAUUCGGCGGCGUCGAUCGCAGUCAUAUCGAAGAAGUACGCAUCGUCCAGGUGGUGCUUGGAAGAGCUGGCGAAGAUCGUGGAGUGCCAGCGGCUGAUACUUCCGGUGUUUUACCAAGUGGAUCCCUCCGAUGUACGACAACAGAAGGGCCCCUUCGAAGCUGACUUCCAGACGCUGGAGCAACGUUUCGGAACGGAAAAGACCUUGGUAUGGAGAGCAGCUAUGACGAAAGCUGGUGGAAUUGCCGGUUGGGAUUCCAGAGUCUGCAGGGAAGAAUCACAGUUGAUACAAGCUUUAGUUGAAAGGAUUUUGACCGUUUCAAGUAAUAUUCCAUUAGGUGUGGCUAAGCAUCCUGUUGGUCUCAAUUCUCGUGUAGAAGAACUGAUGAAAGUGUUAGAUGUUAAAUUCAAUGAUGUCCGAGUUGUGGGACUUGUUGGAAUGGGUGGGAUUGGCAAGACAACCCUUGCUAAGGCCGUUUAUAAUAAAAUGGUCUUUCAAUUUAAGCAUCACAGCUUCAUGUUUAACAUCAGAGAAACUUCAAGGAAAGGGUGCAAUUUAGUUUCACUUCAAAACAAGAUUCUUCAUGAUCUUUUCCCUGUUAAUGCAUUAACUGUGGAUGAUGUCAGUAAAGGUAUCAAUGUUAUCAAACAAAAAAUUCAUGAAAAGCCCGUUCUUGUUGUUCUGGACGAUGUUGAUGAUGUGAGAGAACUUGAGGCUUUAGCUGGUGGGAGAGACUGGUUUUGUGAUGGAAGUAGGAUUAUUAUAACCACAAGACAUAGACAGAUAUUAAAGGACAUUGUAAAUAUAACCUAUGAUGUUAAAGAAUUGAAUGAGAGUGAGUCACUCCAACUCUUCAGUUACCAUGCCUUUGGGAGGGAGAAACCUCCGGAAACUUUCAUGUGUUUUACCAAGGAAAUUGCAUUACACACAGGAGGAUUACCAUUGGCAUUAGAAGUUUUUGGUUCUCUUUUGCUUGGUAAGAAAGUAAAAGAGUGCUGGGAAGAUACACUGCAGAAGUUGAGAAAGAUUCUUCCAGAUGACCUCCAUAAUUUGUUAAAGAUCAGUUAUGAUGCAUUGGAUGAAGAGAAUAAACGCAUAUUCCUUGACAUUGCAUGUUUCUUUUCUAGCAUGGACAUGAGCAGAGAAAGUGCUAUUGAUAUAUUUAAGGGCUGUGGUUUCCAUGCUGAGACAGCAAUGACAGAACUUGCAAUGAGAUCUCUCAUAAGGAUUGUUGAUGGAAAUACCUUGUGGAUGCAUGACCAGCUUAGAGACAUGGGACAGCAAAUUGUUCGACAGGAAUGCUUUGAAGAUCCUGGUAUGCGUAGCAGAUUGUGGGAUCAGGAUGAAGUAAUGUCUGUUUUGGACUCUAAAAAGGGAACAAGAAAAAUUGAGGGCAUCAUCCUUGACAUUGGAGAGAAGAAAAUAAAGAGGGUUUUAAGCUCUAAAGGAUAUUCUAAAAUCAUCAAACGUGGAGGUCCUAUUUCAUGGUUGAAGGAUAAAUUCAAGAGUACAUUCAAUUUUGAAGCAAGGAAAGAGAAGGGGGUGAAACUGUGCACUUAUUCUUUCAAACCAAUGAUUAAUCUAAGACUGCUUCAAAUCAAUAAUGCUACCUUGGAGGGAAGCUUUAAACUUAUGCCUUCUGAACUAGCAUGGUUAGAAUGGAAAGGAUGUCCUUUGGAUGCUCUUCCCUCUGGCUUUUCUACAUCAAAACUUGCUGUCCUUGAUCUGUCUCAGAGUAAAAUUAGACAUGUAUGGGAAUCAAGAUGUAUGGGUGGGCAGUACAAGAUGGCUAAGCAGCUGAAGGUAAUGAAUCUCCAUGGUUGCUAUAAUCUAACUGCUACACCUGAUUUUGGUGGGCACCCGAAGCUGGAAAAACUUAUUCUUGAACGUUGCACUGAACUGAUUGAAGUUCACAAAUCAAUUGGGGAUCUAAGCAUGUUGCGUAUCUUGAACUUGGAAGGCUGUUGCAAUCUGAAGGAAUUUCCGAGUGAUGUUUCUGGAUUGACAAAUCUUCAAAAGCUGAUCCUCUCCGGUUGCUCCAAACUGAAAGAAUUACCUAGGGACCUCAGGAGAAUGAAGUCUUUAACUGAGCUUCUUGUUGAUGGAACUGCUAUAGAGAAACUACCCGAUUCAAUAUCCUGCCUCAAGAAACUUGAAAUGUUCAGUUUAAGAAGAUGCCAGUCACUGACCCAAUUACCUACUUCCAUAGGAAAACUGGUUUUUCUAAGGGAGCUCUAUCUGGAUGGUUCUUCUUUGAAAGAAAUACCUAUUUCCAUUGGCUCUUUAAAGAGACUAGAGAAACUAAAUUUAGCUGGCUGUAAAUUGAUAACUACACUCCCUGAUUCCAUUGGAAAUAUGGAGUCAUUGCUGAGUCUUUUUCUUUCCAGCACUUCAAUUAGAGAACUCCUGAUUCCAUUGGCUCGUUAUCCCGUCUGAAGUUUAUCAGUUUUCCGUUGUCAAUUUCUUAGCACUUUGCCCAAUUCUAUUGGAAGAUUAACAUCUAUAAGUGAGCUUCACCUAGACUAUACAUCAAUCAAUGGUCUACCCGAUGAGAUUGGAAAUUUGAACAUGCUUCAGAACCUGGAGACAAGGUUUUGUAAUUCACUGAGCUAUUUGCCAGAUUCAAUUGUAAAUAUCUCAACUCUAACUACUCUAGUCCUCAAUGAUACCAUCAUUACUGAAUUGCCAGAGUCCAUUGGGCAAUUGGAGAAACUUAAGAAAUUGAAUAUAAACAAGUGCAGACGUGUCAGAAGAUUGCCAGAUUCCAUUGGGAACUUAAAGAAUUUGCACAGCUUGCUAAUGGAGGAAACUGAUAUAACAGAGUUACCAGAAAAUUUUGGGAACCUCUCAAGCUUAGGGGUAUUGAGAAUGACAAAACGUCUUCAUCUUAAAGAGGCACAGAAAAUUGCAGAACAUUUAGAGCAGACUGUUCUCACAGCCCAACAUAACAAGUUCUUUGUUCUUCCAACUUCCUUUUCUGAUCUCUCUUCUCUAUAUGAGCUGAGUGCUCAUUCUUGUGGAUUGUCUGGCGAAAUCCCUAAUAAUUUUGAAAAGUUAACAUCAUUAAAGACUUUAGAGAUGGGACGCAACAACAUCUGCAGACUUCCAUCGAGCCUAAGGGGCCUUUCUGUUCUCAGAAAGCUUACCUUAUCCCACUCUGUGGAGCUCAAGUCCCUCCCUCCACUUCCAUCAAGUUUGACUGAUGUUAAUGUUGCAAAUUGUACUGCAUUGGAGAGUAUAUCUGAUCUUUCGAACUUGAAGAAUUUGGAGCAUUUGGACCUAACAAAUUGCAAUAAAGUAAUCGAUAUUCCAGGUUUGGAAUCCUUGAAUUCCUUGAAACGGCUUUAUAUGACUGGUUGCACAACGUGUUGUUCAGUUGUGAAAAGAAGACUCUCAAAGGUUGCUCUAAGGCAUAUACAUAAUUUGAGUCUUCCUGGGAGUGAUAUUCCAAAUUGGUUUGUUCAAGAAAGCUUGAAUUUCUCAAGCCGCAGAAACCGUAAGAUCAGGAAUGUGAUUAUUUGUGUUGUCAUCUCUCUGGACCAACAGUUGCAAGAUGAUUCCAGAGAUACAGAGAUUGUAAUACCAGAUGUUAUGGCAAGAAUCCUUAGAGAGCCUGGUCCUCGUUCAAUAUUCUGUACUGCAUUGAACUUACAAGGAAUUCCAAAGACCCAUGAAGAUCAGAUUUACCUGUGUCGUUAUCCUGAUUGCUAUCCUCUGGUUUCCUUUCUAGAAGAUGGUGAUAGAAUUCAGGUAGAAGUGCGUGAUCCACCAUUUAUUAAGGGUCUUCAACUGAAGAAAUAUGGGACUCAUCUGGUUUUUGAAGAUGAUGAUGACGACAACAAUGACAAUGACAACAGCAAUGAUGAUGCAGCAGAACCAAGUCAUGAAAGCCAGGAGUCUGUCUCAGAGAAACUAUCAAAAUUUUUCAGAUCUUUGGAAUGACUUGAUCACUGAUUUGAGUUUGGUUCACGUGGAAUUGAAGGCAAAUGCAAAAACGUUGACUGUAAGUUAUUCAAAUUCUAAUGUUUCGUUUUCUUACUUGGAGCCUCAAGCAACCUUAUUAGUAUUGUUCUCUUUCUCCUCUUGUGCCCCCUCCUCACCUUCAUAUACAAGAAUUUCUGGGUUUGAGAACUGAGAUCAAUAGCCCAGCAGGAUCAUCAUUAGUGUAAUGAGGUGGUUAUCUGGAAAGUUACAGUCAUUGCCAUUGUACUUUAUUUAUGUUGUAAAAGCUAAAAACUACUUUACAAAGUUUUAUAGUCAUGCUAUCUGUCAUGAAAAUCGUUGGACAUGAAAGCAAUUCAGAUUCUCUCCGAAAGACUUGAACCUUUCUGCAGUUUAUAUGUUGUUAUAGUCAAGAAAAUUGAUCUAAUUUAUCGGAGUUGUUCUGUUA